AUGAUGCAGCAGCAGCAUCCCCCCCAGUGCACUGCAUCAAACCGGAGCGCUCCUAUUGGCUGAGGAGGGAUGCUGCGCCGUGCCUAACGUCAUCAGAACAGCAACGUGUCCGUCUAUCUCGCCGGAUCGACGCUCAGGAUAGAAAUAAAGGCUGCUUUUGAGAAGGACGCCAGAAAGAACAGUGGACAAAGCUUGACUAUAGGCUCUCUGCCCGCAUCCGCAGCUCACCAUGAGGGAAAUCGUUCACAUCCAGGCUGGACAGUGUGGAAAUCAGAUCGGGGCAAAGUUCUGGGAGGUGAUCAGUGAUGAGCACGGCAUCGACGCUACGGGCAGUUACCAAGGUGACAGUGACCUGCAGCUGGAGAGGAUAAACGUCUACUAUAAUGAGGCCUCAGGGAAAACAGGCAGCAAAUACGUGCCACGUGCCAUCUUGGUGGACCUGGAGCCCGGAACCAUGGACUCUGUUCGCUCUGGUCCGUUUGGACAGCUCUUCAGACCUGACAACUUUGUCUUUGGUCAAAGUGGAGCUGGAAAUAACUGGGCCAAAGGUCACUACACAGAGGGAGCUGAGCUGGUGGACUCGGUGUUGGAUGUGGUGAGAAAGGAGUCUGAAAACUGUGACUGCCUUCAGGGCUUUCAACUCACACACUCCUUAGGUGGAGGCACAGGUUCUGGGAUGGGCACAUUGCUCAUUAGCAAGAUCCGUGAGGAGUACCCCGACCGGAUCAUGAACACCUUCAGUGUCAUGCCUUCCCCAAAAGUGUCUGACACAGUGGUGGAGCCCUACAACGCCACCCUUUCUGUCCAUCAGCUCGUGGAAAACACAGACGAGACGUUCAGCAUUGACAAUGAGGCUCUGUAUGAUAUUUGCUUCCGCACCUUGAAGCUGACCACACCAACCUACGGAGACCUAAACCACCUGGUGUCAGCCACCAUGAGUGGGGUGACCACCUGUCUCCGCUUCCCUGGUCAACUCAAUGCCGAUCUCCGCAAGCUGGCUGUCAACAUGGUGCCCUUCCCACGCUUGCAUUUCUUCAUGCCUGGUUUCGCUCCCCUCACGAGCCGGGGCAGCCAGCAGUACCGCGCCCUCUCCGUGCCAGAGCUCACCCAGCAAAUGUUUGACGCCAAGAACAUGAUGGCGGCGUGUGACCCCCGCCACGGGCGCUACCUCACGGUGGCAGCCAUCUUUCGUGGGCGUAUGUCCAUGAAGGAAGUGGAUGAGCAGAUGCUGAGCGUCCAGAACAAGAACAGCAGCUACUUUGUGGAAUGGAUUCCCAACAAUGUCAAGACAGCCGUUUGCGACAUCCCCCCUCGCGGCCUCAAAAUGUCCGCCACCUUUAUCGGGAACAGCACGGCCAUCCAAGAGCUCUUCAGGAGGAUCUCGGAGCAGUUCACUGCCAUGUUCCGUCGCAAGGCCUUCCUUCACUGGUACACUGGAGAGGGAAUGGACGAGAUGGAGUUCACUGAGGCUGAGAGCAACAUGAACGACCUGGUGUCAGAGUACCAGCAGUACCAGGAUGCAACCGCAGAUGAAAUGGGUGAAUAUGAGGAAGACGAAAUCGAAGAUGAGGAGGAUGUGCGGCAUGACGUUCACCACUGAUUAGACGGUGACAUUGAACUAGUUCUAGAACAUGUGUGGUAUGCUAGAGAUAAAGAUCUUUAAUUUAAUAUUGCAGAGUGCAAAUUAUAAUGAAAUCUGUUGCUUCGUCUAAAUAACGCUGCUGAAAAACAUUGCUGUUGCCAAAGCUAAUUAGUCAUGUUAGGACCUGACAAAACAAAGGGAUAAUGCAUUUUUUCCCAUAAUAAUGCUUUGCCGAUGUCAGAACAAGUGCAGACUUGUGCUUACCAUAGUUUUGUAAAAAAAAGCAUCAAUAAUCUAUGGUUCAUGUGUCCAAUAAAAUAUCCAAACUAA